CACAAAUGAUCGUUAAGUAAAUGCCCUCGAAUCCUAUCCAGUAGAACGAGACACAUUGUCAGCCAGCUUUCUCUGAGCAUGUCUGGGACAAAGUGAAAGUGAAAGAAGAACGUUGAGAUCAGAGGAAGAAAAAUAGAAAAAGAGUAAAGGACCAGACUCUGCAGUAAUAAACAACACAACCCUCUAACAAUCGAAGAAAGGACAUUCUGCUGUCCGGAACCCUCGCACACCUUGCAAUGCUGCCCUCCACUAUUUAUAAACUGCUUCUACUGACUCUCUUUGGAGCUGUGUCUCUGGAGCUGUUCAAUGGAGCAGACGCUACUUCUAUUUCUUGCUGGUUGGUUGAGGAAGUCAGUGGAGCAAACAAGCCUCGCAGCAUCCAGAGGACUGCUGUCCAUUUAGAGAUGACCGACCCCUCCAGCCUUACUAUCAAGCCACCAGUGGAACUGGAAAAAGACACCCUACUCUACUAUGUGACUGAUACCUCUGGAAAGUUGAUGUCUAUCAAGUCCUCCUACUGUGAGAUGACUGAGCUCCUGCCACAGGAGGUGCCUUUGGAAUGGGUACAAUCCCUCACUGAUGAAAAGCGCAGCCCCCUGUCUCUUGGUGGGUCUUGGUUCAUAUUAUCUGUCAAGGAUAAGACCGAGGAUGAGAACAGUCUGAGCGUUGUACUUGGGCCUCUACUUGGUAAAAAGGACCACCUAACAGUCUCCCUGGCCGUGUAUUCCUCUUCUAAGACUAUGUAUGCCACUCUUGGUAAGCCUGCAUCUGUGCCAUGUUACAUCUGGCGGGGACAGCAGUCCCGCUUUGCUGUGGAGUGGCGCCACCGAGCACUUGGAGACGGAAAGGUCAUGUACGCAUACGAUGGCCAUCAAGACCGUGUAGUUGAGGAAUUUCCAGGGUGUCAGUUGAACUUCUCUGCAUUAUACUCCCACGGAGAUGCAUCUCUCAUCCUGGAUAAAGUGGAAGUGUCACACCAGGGCACCUUCCUCUGUACCAGCUUCCUGCCCUAUGUGCGAGGACAAAGAGAUAUCCAGCUGCAAGUGACAGCCCUUCCGCGGGUUACUCUCAAACCAGACCCCCUCUUCACCCGUCCUGGUGAAGAGCUGACUCUUUCCUGUGAGAUCUCUCACUUCCAUCCCCUGGAAAUAACGGUGGAAUAUCUGGUGCAGCUUCCUGGGGAAAAUCAUUCUUCUCCUGUUCCUGGGAUGUCCCUGUCCCCUCACACCCAGAACCAGGAUGGAACCUUCAGCAUGACUGCAUUCCUGCAUAUUACGGCCAAUGCUGAACACCAUGGAGCCCGCUAUUCCUGCCGCAUCCGUCAUGUUAGCUCUCCAAAGGCACUUACACACUCACAGACCCUCAAAAUUGCAGGUGUAUCAGGACCGUCUUUGGAAGAUGGGAUGUGUCUGUUUGUCGUAGCACUCUUUCUAUAUGGAGCCCUGAGCUACCUCACCAACAAAGUUAAGUCCUUCUUCAGAGUUUCAGAAGAUAAAAAGGCCAAAUCUGAGUAAACAAUAAGGAAAACCUGAGGACCACAUGGAAACAGUGAUGUUAAACAUUGGACAUUAUUCACUCCAAGUGAAAUUUUCCAAAUUAUUCUGCAGCCCUUGUGGAAUCAUGUAGAAGAAACACUGGGGUUUUUCACUAAGAGGAGAAUUCUCGGGACUGCAUCGUAAAUUCAUAGUGAAUUUUAAAAUUGAGGCCAAAUAGCUGAUUUAGAAAAAAAAUGUUCAGGACAAUUCUGUGUACUUUGCUAUUUUGGCCUUAAGUUUGAAACUCACUUUUAAUUCGAAGAAAUCUCACUUAAGUAAAUAGCCCUAACAAUCAUUCUACCACUGCAAGCGAAAUCCCAUCUCGGAGAGUCUGUGUGGUCCCUAGUGGAUGUGUUUGAAUGUCUAGGAUGGGUGUGAGUGAUAGUGUUACAUUAGAUGAAACAGUUGUAAUAGUAUCUCAAUGAUUUGUGUGUUUUUGUUUUAUUUUUGUUUCUAGGAUACCGCUAGGAUAAUACCAAAAUCUUCUGGGUUACCCUUCAGAA